GUCAACAGACACACACCGUCGGUGCGGACUGGAGCUGCACCCGGGCCAAUAUUUCCAUAUUUUUCUGCUGUCUGCGCGUUUUUGCGGUCUGUUCAACAUCAUUCAUACAAGGCGGCAUAAUAGACUCUUCACAGGGUGCGAACGAGGCCGUUUGUUGCGUGUUUUGAGCAUAAGAACGCGCUCCGGAGUGUGACGCCUGUUUUUAUUUGUGUUAAGCGCUGCGAUGCGUGUAUGACACACCGCAAGUGAAAUCGAAGGAUUCUUUGUCUUGACAGUUUAAAGACACGAGUGGACCUUUAAACAUGCUAUUGCACUUUAUAUCUUUAGCCUAAAAUAGUCAGAAUUUGUAGUACUUUAUUUGUAAACGCAAAGGUGUUGGCGCGCGAGAGCAGGCCAGUGGUGAAAGACUGCUUAUCAUUACCAUCAUCAUUUCAACAGGCCAGUCUGAUUUAUAGUCUGAUGUCUUUAUUUUGUUUGCUUUAAAUAUAUCUGCCAAUCCCUUGCUCGUUCUUGGUCUUGAUUAGAGGGUAGUAACAGUUCUAUUAACGGUGGACAGGGACCAUAAAGACACAUUGUUUGCUGAUAGGAGGCUUGUGAUGAUGUCAACAUGAUGCCCAGGUCAGAUAUUCUCAUUUAAUAUGGCUGACACUGAUUCAGUUUGACUAACUCUGUGACAGAUGUUGUAGGUACCUACACCCUAAACUGCUGCACAGGAUUAGACAUAGACACUACAGGGAAAGAUUUCAAACAUAGGUAAGGUGGAUUUGCCUGAUGAAGUUUUUAAUAUAAAAAUACUACAGGAAUGGUAUGAAUGAAAUUAAUAGUAAGUGAAGUGUUAGGGCAGUCACCAAGCAUUUAGGAAAUAUAUGUUGAUGCUCCGCUCAAAGCAGUGAUUUCUGCUGACAUGUGAACUUUUUGUCCGGGAUGCGCUUGUCAAGGAGAUAUUGAACUGUUUCUCCCUGGGUUUCAGAGGAUUAAACUGCAGUCUAGGUGGUUGAAGGAACUUGCUUCAGCUUUUAGAGCGUGACAGGCAGUGGUGUGCUCCAGCUCUCUGGAAAUGAGAAAAUGAAUUGCGAGGAGCAAGCUGUAGAUUUGUGCAAUGCUAUGACAAAACCCAACGUCGAUGACAACACUACAUCACACCCCGUGGAUGAAAUCCUCUCUCGGGACGGUCUCAAGCUGUUGGAUGGAGACCACGGGGAAAGGGAUGCUGCCACAGAGGCUGCAGACGCUGCUGUCCUAGCGAGGUUAAAAGAUUUCAGUGCUAAAGAUGAGGACAUUCAGGUUUCCACAGACAUCAAAGCACCCAAUGGAUCCAUUGCAUCAGCUGCCGAGCCGGCUGACCCUGUUAAUGGUUCUGGUGCUGACCAGCAACAAAGUAAAAGGAUUGUAGAGGUUGAGGAACCACCAGUUUCCAAAUGCUCUGUUCGAGAAGGGGGUGACGAUGAUGGUGAAAUGGAUAUCGGUGUGGAUUUAAGUCUGGAUGAAAAUGGCGUUUUGGAGUUUGAGUCAGCGGCCCAGACGGCCACUUUAAGGGAGGACAGUGCCUCUAGGUGCGAUAACUCCCUAAUCUCAGAAACUGUCAUAGAACUGCAUUCACAGAAACCUUCAGAAGAAAGUAGCGAGGACGUGCCCACGAGUACUUUGGGCGUGGAGGCUGUUUCUCCUGCCUCCACUCCAGGGGAGGGAGCUGGGAUUAAGCACAGGUCAAAGAGGGUGACCUUUCCGUCGGACAAGGACAUCGUCUCAGGUGCGGUUGAGCCAAAGGACCCUUGGAGACACGCCCAGAAUGUGACAGUGGAGGAAAUUCUGAAUGUCUACAGACAAGCAUGCCAGAAACUCAACUGCAAACCAAUCCCCAAAGUGCUCAAACAGCUACAGGACUUAAAAGACCUGACGCAGCGAAACGAGUGCCUAGAUCUUAAAGGAGAGAAGCUGGACUAUAAAUCAUGUGAAUCUUUGGAGGAGAUCUUUAAGAGGGUGCAGUUUAAAGUGGUAGAUCUGGAACAGACCAACCUGGACGAGGACGGAGCAUCAGCUUUGUUUGAUAUGAUUGAGUACUAUGAAUCUGCCACUCAUCUCAAUAUCUCCUUCAACAAGCACAUCGGCACCCGGGGCUGGCAGGCUGCCGCCCACAUGAUGAGGAAGACAAGUUCUCUGCAGUACCUGGAAGCCCGUAACACCCCGCUGUUGGACCAUUCGGCUCCAUUUGUGGCCAGAGCUCUGCGGAUCAGUGGUAGUCUAACUAUCCUGCACCUGGAGAACACCGGCCUCUCAGGACGACCACUCAUGCUACUGGCCACGGCAUUGAAGAUGAACAUGAACCUCAGAGAGCUGUAUUUGGCCGAUAAUAAGCUCAAUGGUCUGCAGGAUUCAGCACAGCUGGGGAACCUGCUGAAGUUCAACUACAACAUCCAGAUUCUGGACCUGAGAAACAAUCACAUACUAGACUCAGGGUUGGCGUAUGUUUGUGAGGGUCUCAAGGAACAGAGGAAGGGCCUGGUCACUCUGGUGCUUUGGAACAACCAGCUCACACACAAUGGCAUGGGUUACCUAGCUGCAGCUUUGCCAUUCACUCAGAGCCUGGAGACACUGAACCUGGGACAUAACGCAGUGGGGAAUGAGGGAGUCCACAAACUAAAAGAUGGACUAAUAGCAAACCGCUCCAUCCUCAGGCUGGGUCUGGCUUCCACCAAACUUUCAUGUGAAGGUGCGGUCGCUAUAGCGGAGUUCAUCGCUGACAGUCCAAGGCUUCUCCGCCUAGACUUGCGGGAGAAUGAAAUCAAGACCGGGGGCCUCAUGGCUCUCUCGCUUGCCUUUAAGGUGAACACAUCUCUGCUCCGACUCGACCUGGACCGAGAACCCAAAAAAGAGACGGUGAAGAUCUUUAUUGAGACACAGCGCGCCCUGCUGGCAGACAUUCAGAAUGGCUGCAAGAGGAACUUCAUUUCAGCCAAAGAGAAGGAAGAGACAGAGCAGAAGAUGAGGCAUUCAGCCUCUAUGGCAGAAAUCGCCACAGAGGAUCUAGCUCAAGAUGAUGAAGAUGAGGACCCUUCUGCAUCUGCUGAGAAGCGAGAGGAUGAAACUGCUUCUAGCCAGAAAGAUGUAUUGGAGGAGGGCAGUGAGGAGUUAUCUGAGAACCAAGAGAUCAAAGAUCAAAUAACAUCAGUGCAAGACGACUCUGACUCGGACACAGAGGAUGAGGAUGUAACCGAGGAGGUAAAUGCUUCUGCAAGGACAACGCCUCCGAUGCCGAUUCCUCCCUCAGCUUCUGCUGUAAAUGCAUCUCCAAUUGCCUGUAAGACCACACCCCCUAUCCCCCCUCCCCCUGCAUCUCCAGCUAUUUCGGGGAUUGCAGUGACCGAUGCCAUCAUUGCACCCGGAACACCACCAUCCCCUGGCCGGUGCUUCUCCGUGUCCAGCCCUGGCAGAGGACACAAGAUAUUUAUGGUGACACGAGUGGAGAGCCCUCCAGAGAAGCAACAGCUGACUGCAUUGUCUGUAUGCAUCCAUGAGAAGGCAGCAGAGAGCCAAACUAAUAAAACGGCCCCUCAAGAACCUUCAAAAGCACCUUCACAACUGCCGGAGCAGAAAUCAACCAAUUCUUCUACUGGCCUUAAUGAAACAGAGACACCAACAACGGUCCAGCAGUGCUCUGAAAAACAGCCGUCACCAACGCAGUCAGAUAUGGGCAAACCUGAGUCACCACAGCCAGCACAGACACAACCAGCAGAGUCUAAGCUCACUACAUUAACCUCACAUGAACUAGAUGCAGCAACAACACCAGGGCAGGCCCCCACUGAGCCACUCAGCCACAACGAUGGGACGUUGAUGCCUUCAUUUCCUGUGGAUAAGCAGGACAAUGUGCAAGAACACACUCAUUCUGAUAAGGUUCUCUCUGAGGAGCAAGCUUCAGUAUCAGAAAGCACACAGGAAUCUCAGAUUGUGAGCUCAGAGAAACAGGCUACAAUGAAAACUUCAGUGGAACAGCAGCUUUUAGAAAGCCAAACAGACUCUGUCCUUGAAAAUCAGUCUCACUUAGGACAACAAAUAACUAUAGAUACAAACACACAAAGACUGCACGAGCAGGACCAUGCAUCAUCCUCUUGUGCUGAGCAGGAAUGGGAAACAAGUAGUGAGCACAAUGUGCAGGAAUUUGGUCCCUCUCAAACAGAGCCAUCGGUUUCAGAACAAUCCUGGGAGGAGACGCUAAACCCAGAGGCUGAAUCCACAUCUGUAGCAGAUGUUCAGCAGGGCAGGAGCAAAGACAAACAAGUGCAAUCCAAAGAGCAGCAACAGACUGCUCAUGUUCAGGCUUCACUAGACGUCACUGAUAGUCAUGUCCCCCUAGAGGCAGAAGGCUGUAUUACUCCAGAAAAAGUGGAGUCGUCGACGGGAUUUCAUGAGGAAAGCUAUUCAGAAGAAGCAGAAGGGCUUCUCACUGUGACCACAGUGGCAGCACUGCCAAAUGGGCUGAAGCCAGAAUUUGCCUUUCACCUGCUCGAACCAGAGGGACCCAAACCAGCUAGCUACGUUAUGGAGCAUGUGAACGUGACAGCAGAGCUGAGCUGUGGGCAGGAUUUAGAGGAGCUACUUCUUGAUGCCAGUCUGGACACCAGCAGAGAUGCACCCUAAUGCUGUAACCAAGGGUCCACACAUACAGUGAAAAUAGAAGGACCAGUUUGUUCUCACCACCUGGAAUUUGCUCAAAGUCCUUGGGCCCCAUUCUCUUUAUGUCUGUCCUUAUUGUGUCAUUUCCCAAAAUUUUCCAAGACUUUGUACUGACUAAUUACAGUACAGACAACUUACCCUCCCUCAUAUCUACACCCCUAACAUGAUUGAAAAAAGAUUGCCAUUCUCCUCAAAUUAGGAAUAUCUCAUUUGUGCAUUGUGGUACAAAAUCAAGUUGAAACUCUCAAUGUUUAUGUAAUAAUGAGACAUUAAAGCUGUCAUUUCCCCUGUCACUACGUUCAUUCAGUGAUGGUGUUCUUUGGAAACACGCAAUUACCAAAGACACACAUGCAGAGAAACACACACACACACUCGCUCACUGCUGACAUUCUUCAGUUCCAUCCCAUUAUGCUUUUGACUGUGGCACAUCGCUCACUGCUGCCCUCAAAUGGACUGGAAGUCAUAAUGCAGUAGAAAGACUGACCUGCUGAAACUACUGCAACAAGUUGAACUUGUGUGGGACAUUUCAUCGGUAUUGGCUCUCAGACCUGGCUGAUCAGACAGGACUUAUUUAGUUUGAGUGUGUGUGUGCUGUUGCAUGUGAAUGUGUGUUCAACACAGAUUAUUAGUGUCUCAUUAACAACAAAAAAAGACUUCUACCAAAGUGGCACGCAUCCACUUUUCAUUUGUUCCUGCUGCUUGUGUCUUGCUCAGGAAUUGUUGUUUGUGUUUUGAGCACCGGGUGAGACUCUGAUCUGUCAAAACAUAUUGGCUUCCACUCCCACUCUCUGAUCUCACCAAGUUCCCUCCAUGAACCAGCACUUCUGAAGACUCGAAAGCAUUUUGAAACCUGUGUGAAUAUCUGGAAGUGGAACAAUUGACAUCUGCCUUGGCUGGAAAAUUGUUGAUCUUGAGUGAGCCAUCUGAAUCAACAAGAUGUUUCGGAUGUCACAGACUGCUUCAUCCUUUGCUGAAGAAACACAA